AUGGAUAAACAAACAUCAAUAGAAAGCCAAGGUAGCGUUCAUGUCCCAAUCAACAUUUUCGAACCACAAAGCAGCAUCGAAACAUCAACCAGCAAUGAGAAUACAUCAUCAUCGGUUUCAGGAAGAAGACAAGCGAACCGAGCACCUGAGAAGAAGCUGACUCUCUUUGCCCUCCGGCUAGCGGUUCUGGAGAAAGCAGCCACCGGGCUAGGAACCCUCGGAUUCAUCUGGGCCACCGUGGUUUUACUAGGUGGAUUCGCCAUCACUAUAGAUCAAACAGAUUUCUGGUUCAUUACUAUAAUUCUGUUGAUAGAAGGCACCCGGAUUUUUAGCCGGAGCCACGAGCUUGAAUGGCAGCACCAAGCAACUUGGUCGCUCACCGAUGCCGGAAUCAGUAGUUUCCGGGCAGUCAAGUCUAGAUCGCAUAUAGUCAUCAGAACUUGUAAGGCGGUGUUCGGUUAUAAUGGUGGUAGCAGAGAGGUUAAAGAGAGUGCUUCACAUCUGCGAAAGGUAAAAGGUAGAUACUUGGAGAAGAAGAAGACGUUGAAUCGGACAUGGACAAGUUCAGAUGUUCCUCUUCUUCCAUAUGGUCAAUGGGUGUUCUUAUCAAGAAAUAUCAGUCGUCUUCUUUAUUGGCUUCAGUUAGCAUCAGCAACAGCUUGUGUGGUGUUGUCGUUGAUAAAGCUAGUGAAGCAAAACUUUGGAGAAAUUGAGAAAGGAGAUACUGAUAAGAGAAACAGGAAAUCGGCUUUGAUUAUAUUUUAUUCAUUAGCGUUAGCUGAAGCGAUGUUGUUUCUUUUAGAGAAAGCUUAUUGGGAAUGGAAGGUGAUUAUCAAGAAACUGUUGGAUAAGAUAAACGAUGAGUGUGAGUUGGGACCAACGGGGAUGGUUUCUGUUCGGAGGUUUUUCUAUGAUGCAUACUCGAAAUGCGUUAAUGGAAGCAUCUUCGAUGGGUUGAAGAUGGAUUUGGUUUCAUUCUCGAUGGAGCUUUUGGACUCGGAUUCCUCCGAUGAGCAGCUGAUCGGAGUCAGAAUCUUGAAAAACUUCACGAAAAAUCAGCGGUUUUCAGAAGAUACACUUCAGAAAAUCGGAAUCACGAUUACUGUGAUAGAACGGUUGGUUGAAAUGCUAAACUGGAAAGACCCACAGGAGGAGGAGAUUAGGAAAUCAGCGGCGGAGAUACUGGCGAAACUCGCCGGAAAAAAACAAAACUCCCUUCGUGUUGCCGGGAUUCCAGGCGCCAUGGAGUCGAUUUCUUGUCUGUUGAACACCCAUAGAAACCAUAGCGCCACCGCAUGCGGUGAAAUCCCGAGAAAAGAGAUAAUUUCCGACAAAGAAAACUACGGGUACUGGGAAUUCAAUCAAUUGGGUCUUCAAAUCUUGAAGAAACUCGCUCAUGAUCAUAACAACUGUGGAAAGAUCGGGAACACGAAGGGUCUUCUAGCGAAAAUCAUAGAUUUCACCCACGCCGGAGAGAGAUUAUUAACGGAUACCCGGGUCACAGAAUCUCAGAUUCUUACAGUGAAAAGAUCUUUACAGGUGGUGAAGAUGCUCGUGAGCACCACCGGUGGCACCGGUAGACAGCUCCGAUCAGAGAUAUCGGAGGUGGUUUUCACGAUCACUUACAUAAGAGAUAUAUUAAAGUAUGGUGAAAAACACCCGAUGUUACAGAAACUUGGGAUCGAGAUUUUGACAAGUUUGGCAUUGGAAAACGAUGCAACGGAGAGAAUAGGGGCUACCGGAGGUGUUUUGAAGGAGUUGUUUAACAUUUUCUUUAGAGAAGGGUUGCCGGAAAACCAGAAUCAUGUGAGAAUAGCCGCCGGAGAAGCAAUUGGGAUGCUGGCAUUUGAAAGCGCCACCAAUUCUCAUCGUAUUUUGAAGUUGAAAGUGAGUGAGAAGCUUGUUGAUGCUUUGGAUAAUCCGUUGCUUCGUAUAAAUGCGGCGAUAAUUUUAAGGAAUUUAUGCAUUUACAGUGGACCAGGGUUCUUUCAACAGCUACGAGGCAUAACCAUGGCUGCACCUACUGUGCUCAGAGAAAUCAUGACACAAGAAAACAAGUUGCAGGAAGUGAUGGUGGGACUAGCAGCACAUGCCUUCGGAUAUAUGACAUCAAAUGAAGCUAAUGUCGUGUUCAAGAAAGCCGGGAUACAAGAGUAUGAUUUAGCAAUGGCACUCGUGCAAAUUUUGAAGAAAAAUCCACAACCACAAACCAAGAUUCCAAGAAUAAGGAGAUAUGUAGUCGAGUUGGCAACUUGGAUGAUGAAAAAUAACAAUAAAAAUAUCGAUAUUUUCAAGCAUCUUGGGAUGGAAAAAGAGUUUGAAGAUAGAUUCCCUUUCAAAAACAUCAAAACCAAUGAGAAUUAUGAAGAUGAAGAUCACAUAAAACUUCAUGGUAGCAUUUUUCAUGAAGAUCAUGAACCAGCUCAGACAGUUGAACCUACACAUGAUGAAAACCAACAAAACCACAAUGACAAUGAUACCCUCACUGGUGAUCAUGUUCAAAACGAGUCAGACUCUACAACACAUGGUGAGGAAGAACCCAAUACAAUGGAAUCUGAUUGUCAUGAUAACUAA